AUGCGCCCUGCGAUCUCGGCAGAUCGGCGUCGCUCAACCUCCGGUCUUUCCAACAGCUGCUCAGGUGCCCGCCCGCCAACCCCUCGCUCGCUCACUCGCUUACCUCACCCUUCGAAGCCGAGCUGCCUGCCUUGCGCAGCUGCGCUUGGUGCUGCCUGCCAGCCUGCCACGAACGAACGGGGGUUACAAAGCAAAUUCCACGAUGACGACCGAUUUCCGCGCCCCGACAUUUUAACGACACGCCCCCCUGCCUUCCGUCUAGUCAUCUCUCAGGACAGUCACCGUCUCACAGAUUUCCGUGGUUCACUAACGCCGCCGUAUCGUGGACGAAUCACGAGGGGUUUCCUCAUGGCAUUCGGGUUUUGGCGGUGUGUUUUAACCCCCCUACCGCCGUACAGUCCCUUUUUUUGA